AAAAUGAGUUUGGGUUUACUUUUUAAUGGACUCCUUAUUUCUGUGCUAGCAGCUUUACUGUGGGAGUACUCCAAGUUGAGAGAACAUGCAGCGGUGCUACAGGAGGAGUUGCACAUGACGCAGAAGACCCAAGAACUUACGCAGGAUCCUAUAGACUAUCAUCUCGCCCUCCAGACUCUUCAUGAAGAUGGCACCCGCAUGGUGUGCAGCAGCAAAAUGCACACCGAUCGGAUCUGCCGCUUCGAUUACCUUUGCUACUGCACUGAGGGCGAUGAGUUUGUGUUCUUCCAUUCUAAUUAUUCCAUUAUGUUGCCAAAUUUGGGUUCGAGGCGAUUUCAACCCGCUCUGCUCGACAUGUCCUCAGUAGAAGAUCACAAUACCCAGUAUUUCAACUUUUUAGAGCUACCGACUGCUGCUUUGAAGUUCCUGUCCAAGCCUGUGUUUGUUCCAGAUGUGACAUUUAUUUUUAACAGGUUUAAUCCCGACAACAUAAUGCAUGUUUUUCACGAUGAUCUUUUGCCUGCCUUUUAUACUAUGAAACUGUUUUCAGAUCUGGAUGAGAAGGCACGGUUGGUGUUCAUGGAGGGUUGGGGUGAAGGGCCACACUUUGAUCUUUACAGACUUUUGAGCAACAAACAGCCACUACUCAAAGAACAUCUUAGAGACUUUGGAAAGCUCAUUUGCUUUACUAAAUCUUAUGUGGGUGUGUCCAAGAUGACAACUUGGUAUCAAUAUGGUUUUGUUCAGCCACAAGGGCCCAAGGCUAACAUUUUGGUCUCGGGAACAGAAAUUCGACAGUUUUCUAAAGCGUUUCUGGUUAAAAUGAACAUCACGAGAAUUGAAGAGGCAGACAAGGACGCCAGUGGUGAGGAAGAGAGCGAGAAAGAGGAAUACAUCGUUCUAUUCAGUCGCUUGACAACAAGGCUAAUACUGAAUGAAGGUGAGCUCAUCACCGCAAUGGCUCGCGAGUUCCAGAUGAAAGUCUUUAAAGUUUCGCUAGAAGAACAGUCAUUUCCCACCAUUGUCCGCCUUGUCAGUGGUGCUUCGAUGCUAGUGAGCAUGCACGGAGCCCAGCUUAUCACCUCGCUUUUUCUCCCCAGAGGAGCUGUUGUGGUUGAACUUUUCCCCUAUGCUAUAAACCCAGAGCAGUAUUCUCCUUAUAAAACGCUAGCCACCCUUCCAGGCAUGGAUCUGCACUAUUUUUCAUGGAGGAACAUGAAGAAGGAAAACUCUGUGGCUCAUCCAGACAGACCUUGGGAACAAGGAGGCAUAGCUCACUUGAAGAAGGAAGAGCAGGCGCGAAUAAUGGCUAGUAAAGAAGUAUUAAAGCACUUGUGCUGUCGCAACCCAGAGUGGCUCUUUCGUAUCUACCAGGAUACUCUCGUUGAUAUCCCUUCACUCCUUCAAGUUCUAAAGGAAGCUAUGAAAAGUAGACUGAGCUUCAACAAGUCCAAACCCACCAGUAAGAUUCAUCCAGGCAGGGUCAGGGAAGCCCAGUGUCAAACUUCUGUACAAGCUACUGACAAGGCACAACUGAUCAUUUCCUGGAAGAUCCCGUGGAAUCUGAAAUACCUGAUAGUAAAGGAGGUUAAGUAUGAAGUGUGGAUACAAGAACUAGGAGAGAAUACCUACAUGCCUUACAUCCUUCAACAGCAUAACUUCACCUUUUCAGAAAACAUUAAGCCUUUUACCACCUACAUGGUAUGGGUCAGGUGUAUAUUCAACAGCAACCUUCUGGGUCCCUUUGCUGAUGUUCUUGUAUGUAAGACUUAA